UAUCAAAUACUCCCUCGCACUGCGCAGCUGCCAGAAGUCGGAGUCAUGAACAAAGUUAUUCGCGGAAGCGUAGCAGUCCACCGGGGACACGUAUUGAACACUCCCUCGAACGUGUCGCGAGACUUGAAUACUCAAUAAAAGGCGCGUCUCAUGGCCAGACGAUUAGAUCACACCGUAGAAACUCUUCCAAGCAACUUGGAGCAACAUGGGACUUGCUAUUUCUCACAUUUUUUCAGGGUUAUUCACCCGACAGGAGACGAGACUACUGAUGCUUGGACUCGACGCUGCGGGGAAAACAACGAUCCUCUACAAGCUGAAGCUCGGCGAGGUCGUCACGACCGUUCCUACAAUAGGAUUUAACGUAGAGACUGUCGAGUACAAGAAACUCCAGUUUACCGUGUGGGACGUCGGAGGUCAGGACAAGAUUCGUCUUCUCUGGCGGUACUACUAUAACAAUGUGCAGGGCAUCAUUUUUGUGGUCGACUCCAGCGAUCGCGAUCGCAUUCCAGAAGCGAAAGAGGAACUUCGCGUGUUGAUGAACAACGAGGAAUUACAGAACGCGCUGUUGCUCGUGUUUGCGAAUAAGCAGGACAUGCCUGGCGCUAUGAACGCGAGUGAACUCACCGAUAAACUGGAUUUGCGGACGCUCCGACAGAGAACUUGGUUCAUACAGUCUACUUGUGCAACUUCAGGCGAAGGCCUGUACGAAGGCCUAGAAUGGUUGGCAACCAAUCUCAAGAAGCGUCGUUGGUAGAUUAAGCUUCUAUGUGGUUUGGUUGUACGAGAAAGUAAAUUGGGUUUCGUAGCAUGUUCGCAAUAUAGUGUAGUGUUAUCAGUUUUGGUCCGGUGAGGACAUCAUUGUCCGUCGCGUGGUCCCCUCAAGGUCCGUGUCAAGACUGAGUAGGUUUAAUAGUUGGUGAUGAGAUAUGUAACCGGCAGACGUGGAAGACUAAG